AGAGUGACUUCAGCCUCUCCAGUUCCCCUUCCUCAGUUCCAGCUAUGGAGAGCUGCAACUUCACACACGCCACCUUUGUGCUUAUCGGUAUCCCAGGACUAGAAGAGGCCCAUUUCUGGUUUGGCUUCCCCCUGCUUUCCAUGUAUGCUGUGGCAGUGUUUGGAAACUGCAUCGUGGUCUUCAUCGUCAGGACAGAACGUAGCCUGCAUGCUCCCAUGUACCUCUUUCUCUGCAUGCUGGCAGCCAUUGACCUGGCCUUGUCCACAUCCACCAUGCCCAAGAUCCUCGCCCUCUUCUGGUUUGACUCCCGGGAGAUUAACUUUGAUGCCUGCGUUGCCCAGAUGUUCUUUAUCCACGCCCUCUCUGCCAUUGAAUCCACCAUCUUGCUGGCCAUGGCCUUUGACCGUUAUGUGGCCAUCUGCCACCCACUGCGCCAUGCCGCAGUGCUCAACAAUACAAUCACAGCCCAGAUUGGCAUGGUGGCCGUGGUUCGUGGAUCCCUCUUCUUUUUCCCAUUACCUCUGCUCAUCAAACGACUGGCCUUCUGCCACUCCAAUGUGCUCUCACACUCCUAUUGUGUGCACCAGGAUAUGAUGAAGUUGGCUCACACAGACACAUUGCCCAAUGUGGUCUAUGGUCUAACUGCCAUUCUACUGGUCAUGGGUGUGGAUGUCUUGUUCAUUUUCUUAUCCUAUUUUCUAAUUAUACGAACAGUUCUGCAACUGCCUUCCAAGUCAGAGCGGGCCAAGGCCUUUGGGACCUGUGUGUCACACAUUAGUGUGGUUCUGGCCUUCUAUGUGCCACUCAUUGGCCUCUCAGUGGUACACCGGUUUGGAAACAGCCUCCACCCCAUUGUGCAUGUUCUCAUGGGGGAUAUCUACCUGCUGCUGCCUCCUGUGAUCAACCCCAUUAUCUACGGUGCCAAGACCAAACAGAUCAGAGCCCGGGUGCUGGCCAUGUUCAAAGUUAGCUGUGACAAGGACCUUCAAGCUGAAGGAGGCAAGUGA